CUCUUGUAUCAGGAAUAUCGAGAUAAAUCUACACGCCAGGAGAUUGAAACCAGACGACUGCAGGAUUCACAGACAGACCCUGAGGAGAGUUCACCCAGCGAGGAAACCCCAUCUGAAGCAGAACCUACAAGUACAACUGAAAACAAAGCUCCACCACAAAUCAGUUUGCUGAGGAACUCCAACUCCAGGUUCAACUUAUGGCAGGAUCUUCCCGAAAUCCGGAGCAGCGGGGUUCUCAGCAUCCUCCAGCCAGAUGAGAUCAAGCUGCAGGAGGCCAUGUUUGAGCUGGUUACUUCUGAAGCCUCAUAUUACAAGAGUCUGAAUCUGCUGGUGUCUCACUUCAUGGAGAACGAACGUCUGAAAAAGAUCUUACACCAGUCUGAGGCACACAUCCUCUUCUCCAACGUCCUGGAUGUCAUGGCUGUUAGUGAGCGCUUCCUGUUGGACCUCGAGCAGCGGGUGGAGGAGAAUAUUGUGAUCUCGGAUGUGUGCGAUAUUGUCUACCAGCAUACGGUUAAUCACUUCUCUGUGUACAUCACCUACGUCUCCAACCAGACCUACCAGGAAAGAGCUUACAAGCAGCUUCUCCAGGACAAGCCAGCUUUCCGGGAAGUGAUCUCACAGCUGGAGCUGGAUCCCAAGUGCAAAGGCCUGUCCUUUUCUUCCUUCCUUAUUCUGCCAUUUCAAAGGAUCACUCGGCUCAAGCUGCUGGUGCAGAAUAUUUUGAAGAAAGUGGAAGAGAAGUCUGACAGGGAAUCCACUGCCCUGGAUGCACAUAAAGAGCUAGAAACAGUGGUGAAAGCAUGUAAUGAAGGUGUCAGGAAGAUGAGCCGAACAGAGCAGAUGAUCAGCAUCCAGAAGAAACUGGAAUUCAAGAUCAAGUCUGUGCCCAUCAUCUCUCACUCCCGCUGGCUGCUGAAGCAGGGGGAACUGCAGCAAAUGAAUGGUCCAAAGACAUCACGAACGCUCCGCACCAAGAAACUCUUCAGAGAAAUCUACUUGUUCCUUUUCAAUGAUCUGCUGGUAAUUUGCCGGCAAAUUCCUGGGGACAAGUACCAAGUGUUUGAUUCUGCUCCCCGGGGGCUGCUUCGGGUAGAGGAGUUAGAAGAUCAGGGACAGAGUUUGGCCAAUGUCUUCAUCUUGAGGCUGCUGGAGAAUGCAGAUGACCGGGAGGCCAGCUACAUGCUCAAGGCAUCGUCCCAGAGUGAAAUGAAGCGCUGGAUGAUUUCGCUGGCCCCGAACCGGAGAACCAAGUUCGUUUCAUUUACAUCCAGACUUGUUGACUGCCCGCAGAUCCAGUGUGUCCACCCUUACGUGGCCCAGCAGCCAGAUGAGCUGUCCUUAGAACUGGCUGACGUCCUCAACAUCCUAGACAAGACAGACGACGGCUGGAUAUUUGGAGAGCGUCUUCAUGACCAGGAGAGGGGCUGGUUCCCCAGUUCUAUGGGGGAGGAGAUCCUGAACCCCAAAAUCCGAGCCCAGAACUUGAAGGAGUGUUUCCGGGUGCACAAGUCAGAUGACAGUCAGCGGAGGAAACUGGGCAGCAGAAACCGCCAAUGACCACUGGUGUCCCUGAGCGUCUGGAGAGCCUCUGGGAGAGGGGCAGAGGACAGAGGCUGCCAGCUGGGAGGAUGUGGCGGUGGUGCUGUAGGCCAUGGUGCAGGCCUGGGUGUGCCAGACCAGGCACACGCCCCCCUGAACAAACAAACAGUAGUUCCUGGGCUCCCCGCCAUGCUUCCUGUGGCACCGAUCCUUUCUUGGAGAUCAGUGCUUUGAACUGGCUGGAAUAAUCCCUUUCCAGGUGUUCUGUAAAGCCCCAAAGAGCACAAGCCAAACAGACACAGCCUGCAGGCCACCAGGUGCCGGCCAGCUGA